UCGCACUCUUUCUCGCACUAACCCUCUGUUCGAACUUCCAUUUCUCUGGAGUCUGAAGCAGAGAUGACCCAGAAUAUCUCCUGAAUCUCCCGCAACCCUUCCACAUUUUUUAUCAAAUCCUUCUUGCUCCGACGAAUGCAAAGACCCGGACAAGAGUCGGGAAAGGAGAAGCGAGAAAAAGCAUCCAGAAAAGCAAAGGUUGUUCAGAGGCCCACCACCACCUCUGCACAUUAUUGAGAGAAAGGGAAACGAUGAGGAAAGCUCCCCGCUUUAUCUUUUUAGUCGUCUUCUUCUUCUUUCUGCUUCUGCUUUCUUCUUCAAUUUCCGAGUAGUCCCCCACUUUUCCCCUCCUUUCCCGCACACAAAACACAGUAUCCUUCUCUCUCUCUCUCUCUCUCUCUCUCUCAAGUCAAAGCGUUAAUCAUUUCAUCUUCAUCACCCAGAAGGGAAAACAAAAAGAAAAAAGAACGCUUUCCCACUCGCCCCUCGACCACAAACCUCAUUCCCUUUCGCUCGCGCUGAUGAAAAUGCCACUUCGGCUUCUUCGCGCGUUGCUCCUCGUCGCUUUUUCCUCGUCCUGCGCUCUCCUCCGCCCGUCCUUCGCCGGCAUCAUAGCCGAGCCCGUCCAGGGCGGCCACGACCGGCCCUACACCGUCCCUGCUUUCCCGGUGGACUCGGCGGGCCAAAUCUGCAAGCUCGACCUUUCCGCCGAGCUCUUCGGCGGCGUCAGCGAGGCCUGCGGUCGCAACCUCGACCGCAGCCGCUGUUGUCCCGUGCUCGCUGCUUGGCUCUUCGCCGCCCAUGCCAGGUACGCCCUGCAGGUGGCUCCGGCGGCGGCGCCGUCGUCGGGGGAGGAGCUGCCGAUGAUCCCGGACGACUCGCAGAAGUGCGUGAACUCGCUGCAGUCGGCCCUGGUGAGCAAGAACGUGCACCUUCCGCAGCCGAACGCGAGCUGCGACGCCGUCCUGUGCUUCUGCGGGAUUAGGGUUCACCAGAUCAGCUCGCUGAGCUGCCCGGCGGCGUUCAACGUCUCCUCCGGGUUCCGGAACGCGACGCCCACCGCGGCGGUAAGAAACCUCGAAAAGAGUUGCCGGAACUCAUCGUACGCCGGUUGCACCAAGUGCCUCGGCGCUCUUCAACAGCUGAAGGGAGGGUACAAGAACGGGACGACGGGAGGAGACUCGAGCGACCGGACGAGCAGGAUGCUGGAGAGGGACUGCCAGCUGAUGGGCCUGACAUGGCUACUCGCCCGCAACAAGACGGCGUACAUCCCCACCGUCUCCGCCGCGCUGCGGGCCAUCAUGUACAGCUGGCACCCUCCGCAGGGCGCCAAGUGCAGCCCCGACCAGGAGAACAUGCCGCUGGCCGUUGAUUCCCUGCAGUUCGAGAGGGCCCAGGCCUCCUCCUCAUCAUCGCCACCGUCCGUUGUCCGGUUCCCGAUCUUGCCCUUCAUCAUCAUGUGGUUUUGUUUGUUUAUUUAGAAAGAGAAGCCUGUGACUUUCUCGGGCCUUCCCGCUCUGUGUCGGGUCACGUGGUGAUGUUUAGGACUUAGGGACGAUACGAGGCUUGUAGGGUAAAUUUUUUGUCAGUCUCUCCAAUUUUUUUUUGGACCCGCACCGCUGUAAAUUACAGUUUAAUCAAGAUUACCUCUGGCACUGAAGGCUGAGCUUUUAAAAUUUUUUAACAUGUAGUGGAGCGAGUUUUUACGGAUCGGAUCAAUCAUAUCGUUCGCUUUUUCCGAA